ACAUAAAGAAAUAUAACAAGUACUUAAAAACGUAAGGUUAAAAAGUAAAGUAUCUUAAAUGUUUAUAUGCAGCCCUAGCAACACUCAAAAGAGAGAAGAAAGGGGGAAAAAAAAAACCUCACAAAUUCACAAUUUGAAAUGCAAAGAGAGGGAGUGAGGAAAAAAAAAAAAUAAAAAAAUAAAGAGGGGCAAUUGAGUAAAGUGUAGGAGUGUUUCUUAUUUCUGAAUCAAACUCUUCUUCCUCACUCAAUCGACGGCGGAAGAUUCUUCUUCUUCGAUCUUCAUCCGACACUCAAAUUUCAAAUCAACUCACUCUUACUCACUUCACUCACUCACUUCACUCACGCAGUGACUCACUGACUUCAUCCCCAAAUUUCGAGGAGAGAGAAAAUGUAUUCAGGAAGAAGAGGACCAGAAGAACAAGACUACGUGGAAAUGGAUGAGAGGUCUUCGGCCAGUUUCAAUGGCGACCACCCGAAUAAUAAAUCCGGGUUCAGCGACAAUUUGGAUCGGGUUUUGUACAAUGAUCUUGUUGAAAUCGUUCCUCUCGUUCAAUCCCUUAUCGAUCGGAACGCUACCAGCUCAUUUACCAGACGGGGUUCCAUGAUUUAUACCAAGACACCUUCUAGAGAUUCCAAGAAGAAUAAUAGGAAUGGAGUUAAGUCUAAGCAUGCAGACAAAGUACAAGACAAGUAUUCUAAGAAUGAUACAGAUGGAUCUCCAGAUGAUCAAUCAGUUUCCUCAGCAACUAUGGCUGCAGAAAAAGAAGAGUUGAACUCUCUUCGGGAGCAGGUAGAGGAUCUACGACGGCAAUUGGCGGAAAAGGAUGAACUCUUAAAAGCAGCAGAGAAGUCUAAGAGUCAAAUUAAUUUAAUUCAGUCACAAGUAAAUGAGUUGAAGCAAUUCGCCUCUGAAAAGGAUUCUCUGGUUAAGUCAAGUGUAUCACAACUAAAUGAUGCCAAGAUAAAGCUGGCAGACAAACAAGCAGCUGUCGAGAAGUUACAGUGGGAAGCAAAGACGUCCAAUCAGAAGGCAGAGAGGCUCCAAGAAGAGUUAGAUGCCCUGCAAUUGCAGAUUUCAUCAUUAAUGCAUAUAUUUGAAGGAUUGUCAAAGGACGACGCAUUCACACCGAGUGAGGAUUAUGACACUUCACCAUACUAUGUUGAUAAUCUCCCUGACAUAGACAAUGUCGAUGAAACUGAUCUGCAAAAGAUGGAGGAGGCAAGGGAAGCUUAUGUUGCAGCGGUCGCUAUGGCUAAAGAGAGGCAAGACGAGGAAUCACUUCUUGCCGCAGCUAGAGCAAGGUUACAUCUUCAGUCGAUUGUUUUCAGUGCCAAUGCUGAGUCUUAACGCCCAGCCACUACUGUAAUAUAAAAUUAUGCAGGCAAGCUUGUGGUGAUCACAUCUUUAUCAUGCAAGGCAGUUCGUUCAUGGAGACUCAUUUGACGUCUUCAGGAUUUGCUGUCACCAUCACAAAAUAAGAUCAGGCAGCCCUCUUUGUUUGGCUUUUGAACCACAUUGUUUAUAUGUUUAAAAAGAAAGUAAAGAGGUACGGAGUAGCACUUUUGUUUAGGAAUGACCAACUCUCAUGUUUCAUCUGUGUGAGAGUUAUUUAACUGUAUGAACUGCGCGCAAUGUGAAUGGUGAAAAAGUUGCUAGAUUUGGAUUUCAAUGUCUCUGAUCCCCUGUAUUGAAUUAUUCCUAAGAUUUGUUUGCAAAAA